GGAGCGAGUAUGAGACAAACUGGCAGAUGGCCUCGCACGGUGAAAUGAUUGCGGCUGCUGUCCUGCUGUGGGUACUUGGGCUGCAUCGCUGCCACGGCGUUGCAGCACAGAACCACAUCUGUGUAACUGGUCAUGAGGUGGAGUGCUUUCACCCAGCAGACCACCUGAACGCAUCAGGUGCAGUCCACCUGGAGGUCCGUGUGGGCAAGACACUGGUCAUCUCCCUGGAGGACAUCCAUGGAUGCGCCACGUGCCGCUUCAUGAGAGGACCAAACACGGUGGCAAAUGGGAGUGUCUCCAUGGUCCUGCCAUCACUUUCCAUGGGAGAUUCCGGAGAGUACAUGCUGAGAUGUGAGCUUUCCAAUGGGACCAGGUUUUCUUUGUCCGUGGUGCUCCAUGUAGAUACUUCAGAGCGUCCCACAAAACCUCGUCUGACAUUGAUUCACGCAGAUGUGCCAAUGAGUUCCCCUCAUUUUAAGUGUGCGUCUGAGGGACAUCCAAAGCCCACCUUGAGGUGGUUUGGAAUUCCAGAUGAGGGGACUGUUUCAGGAGAUGGUGGAAGUGCGGUGAGCACAAUAACUAGCAUUAAGUUCACACACAGAGGAGUCAUGUGUUGUGCGAGUAACCCCAAAGGACAGGAAUGCUCCCAAGUGUAUGACUACGACUUGGAGAGUUACGUGAAGAAAAAUGAGGUGUCCAAGGUGAUCCUGAGUCCCGGUCAGCCUCUUCUGCUUCGCUGCAGAAUCCAACGCAAGAGACUGCGAUCAGCGGUGGCGUGGGACAAAGACGGUCAAGACAUGACAUCCGGCGCUUUAGCAUGCCCCGCUAAAGUAAACGAGGAGAUUUGCAUAAAAAAUGACUCACAUGGCAAAAUCCAGAUGUCCUAUCUGUUCAUCAACUCCAUCAACGUGACCCACAGUGGCAGCUAUACCUGCAGGAAUCAGCAGAACACAAGCAAGACUGUUGACAUCAGCGUCCAGGCUGAAGAUUCCCUCUCAGUCCAGCUGGAGGGGAGGAAAAGUCUUCCGGCCCGGGAGGCGCUCAGCUCAUGCUUGCAAGCCCAUGUGUUGUACCACCCCGUGCUGCAGUACUGCGCCUGGGAGGCUCCUGAUGGGAAUAUGUCCCAAUGCAUUACGGACGACUGGGUGACAAAGCAGAGGACUGUGAAGCUGUGUGCUGCACUGAAAUCAGGGGAGUACACGCUUCACUUGAAGGCAGGCGGACAAAGCCAAAGCAAGUCUGUGUACGUGUGCGUUGUAGAUGAGCCAAAGUUCAAUUUCAGCCAAGACGGAAAUGACAAUACCCUCCGCAUCAGGACGGCGAGCGCGGUGCCGGCAAGUUCCAUUUGGAUGUCGUGUUUCUCUGCCAACCAAAGCUGUGACAGGCACUCUGUGUGGAAACGCAUCCUCAACACCUCGCAGAGUGACUCUGACGAGCGAUGCGACAAGCCCAUGGAGAGCUCCAUCGGCACGGAGCUUUUUGACGGACACUAUUUGAAGUUUUGCCUGACUAACUCUGUCGGCUCCUGGUGCACCGAGAGACACUUGGUCUACUACACACCGGCGCCGCUUGCCUCAAGAGGAGGUCCGGAAGAAGAGAAGGGCAGCUUCAUGGUGCUGAAAGUGGGCAGCGUGAUCCUGGUAGUGGCUUUGGUCGUCGUCAGCAUGGUGCUUGUUUACUUUGUCAAAAAGAAGAAACCUCAGUAUCAGCCCCAGCUCCAGAUGAUCCAGAUGGUUGGACCCAAUGAUAACGACUACAUCUACAUUAACUUCAAGGACUAUGACUACGAACGUAAAUGGGAAUUUCCCAGAGAGAACUUGGAAUUAGGCAAAGAACUGGGCUCUGGUGCUUUCGGCACAGUGGUCCAGGCAACGGCGUACGGCAUCAACAAGGCAGGCGUCUCUCAGCAGGUGGCCGUCAAGAUGCUGAAAGAGAAACACCAGGAUGUGGAGAAGGAGGCUCUGAUGUCCGAACUGAAGAUGCUGACUCACAUUGGUCACCAUGCCAACAUUGUCAACCUGCUCGGGGCCUGCACAGAGUCGGGUCCCAUAUACCUGAUAUUCCAGUUCUGCUGCCAUGGAGACUUGCUGAACUACCUGAAGAACAGCAGCGAGCGUUACCACAAGUGUGUGGCGGACGCAUUCACCGAGGACCGCUUUAGCAGCCUGUACAACAACCUGACGGCCACUAAAACGUCCUGUGUGCAGGAGGGCAGUGUGAACAACUACAUCCCGAUGCACCCCGCCUCCACUCGGGGACAGGAGGACCUUGCCCUCCUCCAGCACAGCUUGGAUGACACGGACUGUGAAGAAAGCGCCAAAAACGAUGACACGGACGACCUGCAGGCCCUGACUUUCGAUGACCUCUUGAGCUUUGCUUUCCAAGUGGCUAAAGGCAUGGAGUUCCUCUCCUCCAAAAAUUGUAUCCAUCGUGACCUGGCCGCACGGAACGUGUUGGUGACAAAAGGCCGACUGGUGAAAAUUGGUGACUUUGGCUUGGCUCGAGACAUCGACAACGACUCCAACUACGUUGUUAGAGGAAACGUGCGUUUGCCCGUCAAGUGGAUGGCGCCGGAGAGCAUCUUCGAGGGGAUGUACACCAUGAAGAGUGACGUGUGGGCGUACGGCAUCCUCCUCUGGGAGAUCUUCUCUCUCGGUGUCACGCCGUACCCAGGCAUCAAGGUGGACCACACGUUCUACGCCAUGAUUGAGAGAGGAUUUAAGAUGGAGUGUCCCUACUAUGCUGAUGAGUCUGUGUACGACAUCAUGUGCAAGUGCUGGGCCUUGGAGCCCGGCCACCGGCCCUCGUUCGCCAAGCUGCUGUCGUUCAUGUCUGACCAUCUGACAAUCAGAGAGGAGAAGGUAGACGUGCAGCUCUAUCACAACAUGAUCGACCAGACACCCAGCGACUAUCAGAAUGCAGCAGACGUUCUGGACACUUCCGCUUCUGUGAAACAGGAGGCUGCGCUGCACACGGCCGACGCCACGUGUGAGGGCAAACUUCUGAAGCAGUCCGGGACUGAGUGACAGUUUAUAUGAAAACGAAAAGGAGCAUCGCAACAUAUUUCAUGUAUUACAAGACAGCGGUGUUCAAACAGUUGCCAAAUAACGAAGGGUGAGAGUCAUCACCUUCUGUUUACAUUCACUUGAUGCUAACACCAAAUCAACAUAGGUCAAAAUAUGCUAGAGUAUGUAGUUCAACUUUUUUUAAGUGGUACUUUCUGGUUCUGAUGUGUUUCAUCUUGUGCAUCAAACAUGCCGUCAGACAAUACCAAAUGAGCUGCAGGCCAAAGAAUUUAGACACGCCUCAUCAAAUAUAAACCUCGACAACGCCCAAGCCAAAAUCAUUUAUGGGGUUUCUAACAAAUGUACGACACACGGUUCUGUAUAUAUAAUAAUCAUUUCUACAUACACAUAUUUACCUUUUGUGCAGCUAAAAGCUACAAAUUUGCUCUCAGGCACAUAUACAUGCAAUUGUUAUGCCUGACUGGUUUAUUCUGCUUUUUUGUUUUUCAGAGAGCUUUAAACAAUAUGAUUAUUGCAUGUAUUUUCAAGGAUGAACUUAUAUACGUUAGAGCGUCUGAGCACAUGACAUCAUU